AUGAAAAAUGAUGCAGUACAAAAGUUGACUAAAGAACGAAAAGUAUUGAAAGAGGAUCUGCAAGAUCUGCAUCAAGAAAAUAAGAAAUUAAGGUUGGAUAGUAGACCUUUGAAGGGAUCCAAGAAGGAUGUGGAAGAACUACGGGACAUGGUGGAAUAUUGGAAGAACAGAGCUCAAGAGAAGAAAGAAAUGAUCUCCACACUCACCAAAGAGCAACAUGAAUGGAAAGAAAAACUUUCAAGAGCCUCUGAAAAGGUAACAAGGCACCAAAGAGAAAGUGAAAAGCUAAAAGCUGAGCUAAUGAGGGAACAAAUCAAGAACUCCGAUUUGCAAAGCAAGAAAAAAGCCUUAGAGCAUGAAUUAAUGAGUUUGGAGCUUCAAUUAACAAGCAAUCAGAGGCACAUAAACGAGAUUUUGACUGAGUGGCAAGAUAGAGAAGAUUAUUGGGCUCGCACUUGUAAUAUGGAGGCUAUCCGAAAAGUAGGCAACAUGGUUGAAAAGGUGAAAGCACUGGAACGAGAGAUUGUACCAACCAAAGGCCACAGUCAAAGAUUAUUGCACUUUUUGCAUGAAGCUAGGGAGCAAUAUGCUCAAAUCAAAUGUUCAAGGAUAGUAAAGCCAAGGAACCAUAACUCGUCAAUUUCGCAUAGAUAUAAUACUCGUUCCCAGACUCGAGCCAUGGAAGAAGAGAAUACAGCUAGGUUUGAAAGGGUCGAAAGGGUACAGGAAGAGAUACAAGAAAGAGUGAUGGAAAUACAACAAAGAAUUGAAGCACAAAUGGCUAAAUUAAGACAACUGUUGAUUGGAUCAAUGAAAGGAAAAUGA